UAAAAACUAAGAAUCAUUUUGGGUCAUUUAAUUGAAAUUGCAUAGCCAUACAAUGUACACGUAUGAUAUAAAUGAUUACUCUUCUCGACUGUAGAGCGCAGUUUAUUUCCAGCAUCUCCCCUUGUUGUCUUCUUCCUCAACAAUGGAUGAACUCAGAGUUUCUCCCUCUUCGUCCACUUCUCUUGUCACUGUAACCGAGGAACCUCCGGCGACGGGUUCUCUGCAGCAGAAACUCCGGUCGGUCAUAGAAACGUCGUCGCCGGACAGGUGGGCUUACGUCAUUUUCUGGCAGAAACUGUCCGAUGAUCAGUCUGGUCGGUGUUUCUUGGCCUGGGGAGAUGGCCAUUUCCGAGGAGUCCACAACCACAAGUCCCACCAAAAUCUUACAAAUGAUAACAUGGAGUGUGAAGCGGCUGUGGACGGCGGCGACAGCGUCUGCGAUCUGGAAUGGUUCUACGUAAUGUCCCUCACGAGCUCGUUCCACGACGGAGAUGAGUCACCGAGGAAAGAUUUCACCGGCGGAUCCUUGCUAUGGCUCACCGGCGCCGAUGACCUCCGCCUUCACGACUGCGACCGAGCCAAAGAAGCCAGUUUGCACGGUGUUCAGACCUUCGUCUCCGUACCCUUACGAAACAGCAUCAUCGAACUCGGUUCACCCGACAAGAUCCCACAAAACUGGAGUUUGGUCAACCUUGUCAGAUCCUUGUUCGGCUCAGAUCCACCGGAGAUACCACUGACCAAACCACCGCCCCUUGAUUCCCUCGGCCGGUACGUCUCUUUCGCCGACAUGGGAAUUACGACGGCACUAUUACAAGGGCAAAAGACACGGACCGGGUCGGGUCCUAGCCCAGGUCGUCCGCCGUUGCUACUGACGGACUCCGAGUACUCCGACUUCGACGGGAUUUUUCAGGGUAACAAGCGGAGGAAGAAACUCGGGACACCGGCGGCGGUCCCGGUGAACCACGUGGAGGCGGAGAGGCAGAGGCGGGUGAAGCUGAACCACCGGUUCUACGCGCUACGCGCCGUCGUACCGAACGUGUCGCGGAUGGACAAGGCUUCACUCUUGUCCGACGCCGUUUCUUACAUCAACGAACUGAAGGCCAGGAUCGAGGAGCUCGAAACGCAGCUGCAGACGCAGACGCAGUCGCCCAGUUGCAGCAACAACAACAACAACAACCAGAGCAAUACGACGUCGUCGGAGGCAGGGGGAGUGAUCCCUGGCGCCGAGGUGCAGGUGAAGAUGGUAGGAGACGAAGCGGUGGUUAGGGUUCAGUCGGAGAACGUGAACCAUCCGACGGCGGCGUUAAUGGGAGCACUGAGGGAGAUGGAGUGCCGUGUGAUCCACGCCAGUGCCUCACGCGUGAACGACCUCAUGGUCCAAGACGCAGUCGUUUGGGUUCCCAUCGGUCUUAGAUCCGAAGAUAGUCUUCGGACAGAACUUGUCCGGAAGCUCGACCAAUGAAUAAAUCUACUCGUAAUUACCAGUUUUAAUCGUACGUUAUUAACUUUGUAACCUUUCUUAAUUUCCUUUUU